CGGAUGCUUUUAUCUGGAAAGUAUGUUUCUUUCCGGAAGAAAACUCCGUUGCACCAGCUGGCUCAACUGGGUUUGUAGUAUUAGAAUUUUUGACUGGCAGACAUAAUGGAUGAAGAACCAGAGAGAACCAAGCGCUGGGAAGGGGGCUAUGAAAGGACAUGGGAGGUGCUUAAGGAGGACGAAUCUGGCUCACUGAAAGCCACAGUGGAAGAGAUCCUGUUCCAGUCUAAAAGGAAAAGGGUGGUAGAGAGCCAUGGACAAGUUAGGCUUGGGAUGAUGCGUCACCUCCAUGUGGUGAUUGAUUGUUCAAGAAGUAUGGAAGACAAGGACUUGAAACCAAACCGCCUCACCUCAACUCUUAAGCUCAUGGAAACUUUUGUUGAUGAGUAUUUUGACCAAAACCCCAUCAGUCAGCUGGGCAUUAUCACCACGAAGAAUAAAAGGGCUGAGAAGCUGUCUGACCUGGCAGGAAAUCCAAAGAAGCACAUUGUUGCUCUGAAGAAAGCAGUGGAAACUGUGUGUGUAGGAGAGCCAUCCCUGUACAACUCUCUCAACCUGGCCAUACAGACCCUCAAGCACAUGCCUGGACACACGAGCCGGGAGAUCCUUAUAAUCCUCAGCAGCCUCACUACAUGUGACCCGGCCAACAUCUGUGAGCUGAUUAAGACCCUGAAGUCUCUGAAGGUGCGGGUGUCCAUUAUCGGCCUGUCAGCAGAAGUCAGGGUGUGUACAGUAUUGACCAGGGAGACGGGCGGCUCGUACCACGUUAUCCUGGACGAGAGUCACUUCAAAGAGCUACUGAUGCUGCAUGUCAAACCUCUUCCAGCCAGCUCCUCAUCUGAAUGCUCUUUAAUACGCAUGGGUUUUCCUCAACACACCAUUGCCUCUCUGACUGAUCAGGAUGCCAAGCCUUCAUUCAGUAUGGCGAAUCUGGACAGCAGCAGUGGUGCAGGUCUGUCUCUGGGAGGAUACUUCUGUCCGCAGUGCCACGCCAAGUACACAGAGCUUCCUGUGGAGUGUAAAGUUUGUGGUUUGACUCUGGUGUCAGCGCCCCAUCUUGCUAGAUCCUUCCACCACCUCUUCCCCCUCCAAGCGUUUCUAGAGAGUCCUAUGGAGGAGAUCCAAGAAGACAGGUUUUGUCAAGCUUGUCAAGGGGAGCUGAAAGAUAAAAGUAUAUUCACCUGUCCAUCAUGUUGCAGUGUGUUCUGUGUGGAGUGUGAUCUCUUCAUCCAUGACUCGCUACACUGCUGCCCCUGCUGUAUUCACAGUCAGGGAGCCCCAUGAAGUUGUGAGGCUAACUGUCAGACAGAUUGAAAUAAACUCAGUGGUCAUGUGCCUUUAUUGGCUCAUCAUAUCCACUCUAUCAUUGUGGACAACACUGAUAGGAUGGAUAUGAUGAACACAGGCUAUGGACCUUCCACAUAGUUAUAUUUCAAAGUUGUUGAAGAUUGGCACCAAGACCGAGCUAUGUCAUUUGAAGAUGGAAGCAGCUUCUUGCUAAACACCAUGCUGUGUUGGGCCAAAGCUCCUGUCUGUAAUGAGAACUGCAUCUGAGCUGCUUUACUGCUGUAAAAUAGCACCCUGCUUUAUUUAUGUCAGAAAUUGUUUGUGUGCAUUGUUUAAACACAGUAUUGUACUACAAUUCUGUUUGUGACAUGGCAGUUAAAAUAAAACAGAUUUUUUUGUCCUUGUUAAAAUGCUUUAACCAGUAAGAUAUUUGUUGUAUAGUUUCAAAACAGGCCUUUAGCCAAUUACCCAGAGUUUCCAUUUCCAAAAUGCAACUAUUGCAUCUGCUAUGCAAAAUUUCGGGUUAGAUGCAGGGCUCUAGCUACCACUGAAGACAUUAGGAUUCUGUGGGUAAUUUUUCUUGGAAUUUGAGAAUAAAACUACCCCAUGUUGUUUUUUUGGUGAAUGCUGUGUUGUAAAAGCACUUGGAGUGGUUGCAAAGACUAGAAAAGCACUAUAUAAAUAUUUGCCAUCCAUU